AUGCCUGAGCCGGCCAAGUCUGCGCGCGCCCUGAAGAAGGGCUUGAAGAAGGCGGUGACCAAGGCGCAAAAGAAGGACAGCAAGAAGCGCAAGCACAGCAGCAAGGAGAGCUACUCAGUGUACGUGUACAAGGUGCUGAAUCAGGUGCACCCCAACACUGGCAUCUCGUCCAAGGCCACAGGCAUCAUGAACUUGUUCGUCAACAACAUCUUUGAGUGCAUUUCGGGUGAGGCGUCGCGCCUGGCGCACUACAACAAGCACUCGACCAUCACGUCGCGGGAGAUCCAGACGGCCAUGAGCCUGCUGCUGCCCAGAGAGCUGGCCAAGCACGCUGUGUCCGAGGACACCACAGCGGUCACCAAGUACACCAGCUCCAAGUGA